CUGGCUUUUAUUAUGAAAGACUUGACCGGAUCUUCGUGUCGUCACUUGCGCGAGCCUAGUAAGCAGCCGCCGCAGAGGCAGAAUCGGCUCCGAAAACUGGAACUUAAAACUCUCCAACUGGGCAUCAGAACUGGUCGCGCGGGCACAUUUCGGAACGAACUGUGUUAGAGAUACGGGCAACGACCGAUUCCGAUGUGUUGAACCGGCUGGGAACGUGUUCGUGAGUGUGCUUGGAAGAGUCACAGGUUGCUAACGGAGUUAGCUAGCGGCGUUGCGAGUCCGACCCGAGAUCCGACUUCCACAAACCGACACACAUUUUCCACCCGGCCGCCCGCCGUCCCGCCACCAUGUCCGCUGAGUUUGGACUCUUCUCUAGCUGGCCGUCCGGAAGCAUCGGCUGAGUCCCACUCCAGGUUCCCUCUUUCUCCGCGUCUGUGGGUCGUUUUGAAAAGUUGGACUUUGUCCUCCUCCAUCCGUUCCACCAAGAGCCUCGGUUGACUCUUUUGACUAACUUGUUCUGCUGUGGAAGUUCGGCUCCUCCCGCCUGUGAACAUGGAUGCGGGGAUAGAGAAGGAGUGCAGCGCGCUGGGAGGACUUUUCCAGCUCAUCAUGAACGACAUGAAGGCCAGUUACCCCACAUGGGAGGAUUUUGUCACUAAAGGAGCCAAGUUACAGUCGCAACUCAGGACCACCAUCUUGGUGACGGGGUCUUUCCUGGACGCCUUUCAGAAAGUAGCUGACAUGGCGACUGGGACUCGAGGUGCCACUAAAGAAAUCGGCUCGGCACUGACCCGGAUGUGUAUGAGACACAGAAGCAUCGAGUCCAAACUCAAGCUGUUCACCACAGCACUGUCUGAGAGUCUCAUCACGCCGCUAGAGCUGAAGAUGGAGGAGUGGAAGAAAGUGGCCAGUCAGCUAGACAAGGACCACGCCAAAGAGUACAAGAAGGCUCGUGCUGAGAUCAAGAAGAAGUCGUCUGACACCAUCAAGCUGCAGAAGAAGGUGAAGAAAGGGAAGGACGAGGUCAGGGGUCAGCUGGACAGCGCCCUGCAGGACGUCAAUGUGCGUUACGCUGUCCUGGAGGAAACGGAGAAGCGAGCUGUGUGCAGAGCCCUGGUGGAGGAGCGAGCUCGCUACUGCAGCUUUGUUAGCAUGCUGAAGCCUGUGCUGGAUCAUGAGAUCAACAUGCUGGGAGAGGUGACCCACCUGCAGACCAUCCUGGAAGAUCUGACCACUCUGACUGCUGAGCCCAACAAGCUCCCUCCAGCCAGUGAACAAGUGAUCCUGGAUCUGAAAGGUUCUGACUUCAGCUAUCUCUAUCAGACGCCGCCGGCUUCUCCCAGUAACACUCUGUCCAGGAAGAGCAGUGUCAGCAGUAACUACCAGUCCGGGUCGGUGCGACAUGUUCCCUCUCUGGACUCUAUAAGCUGCACAGUGGAUGGUCUUCACAUGCAGCGUUGCUCCUCCCCCUUUCUGCUGAUUGGCUGUGAGGAAAGUAGGCGAUCCCUCAGCGAGGGGCACUCACCCUCGCGCCGCGGCCGCUCCGUCCACGCCACUGUCCACGUUCAGUGCCACCCACCGGGCCGGCGCAUCAGCCGCAGAGACUGGACCACCGAUGGCAUGGGCUCCACUGGUCAGAUGGCAGCUGUGGCUACUGGAGAGAAUGGUCAACUGCCUCUGCUACACCCCCCUUACACUCGCCCGGGAGAGAGAGUCCGCGCCAUGUCCGCGUCCAGCAAGUCGUGCUCGGCCCGUGAGCAGUUGGCGCUGACGUUGGGCUCCGAUGCUCAGAGGAGCAGCAGAGAUUCCCUUCACUGUUCCAGUGGCUACAGCACCCAGACCACCACCCCGUCCUGCUCUGAGGACACCAUACACACUCACUCUGGAAAGAGAGUUCCCGCUCUCUCUGUGGACUACGAGUCGGUGUCCCUGCAGGGCGACGUGGACUCAGUGUCUCUCCAUCAGCUGUCUUUGGGCUGCAGCCAGUCGGACCUGGACAAGUCAUCCACUAUUCCAAGGAACUCUGACCUGAGCCUGCAGUACCGCAGGUUUGCCCAGUCCAAGCGUCCGUCUUCCACCGUCAGCCUACUGGCCGAGCCUGAGCUGGGGGGCGCUUCGGUGCGCAACCUGGCCUCCCACACGGCCACCAUUCGCCGCAAGCCGCUCACCAAGCCCGCCUACCGCAGGGGCACCAUCAGUGGGGGUGUGCCCAUCCCCAUCAGCACGCCGCAGGUGCCCCUAAAAGUGGGCAACACUGGCAGCGAGGAGAACAUGUUCAUAGCCCCCUCUGGUGGAGGAGGGCUGGGCUACAGCAAACUCUGCACCUCCACACAAAGUCUCAGCGCGUUGCCGCCAUCCACCUCUCCGUAUUACCAGCUGGUCCCAGGGCACAUGCCCAUCCCGGUGUCCGUGCCUACCGUGCCCUCGCUGCCACCCACUGGGGCCACACAGAGACAGCAGCAGGAGCAACAUCUGCAGCUGCAACAUGAGCAACAGAUGCAGUACCGGAGGCAGCAGCUGCAGCAGAGCAACCCACGUGUGGACCACCACCUUCUUCAGCGGCAGCAGAGCAACCCACGUGUGGACCACCACCUUCUUCAGCAGCAGCAGAGCAACCAACAUCUGGACCACCACCUUCUUCAGCAGCAGCAGAGCAUCCCACAUCAGGACCACCACCACCACCUUCAGCAGCAGCAGAGCCACCCACAUGUGUAUCAGCGGCCGGAUGAUCUGAACCAGAAGCAGAAGCUCUUCCAGCCACAGCAGGUCCCAGAGCCUGAGGUAGAGCAGCAGAGAGGAGAAGGUGACAUGCUGACCCUCAUCAGAAAGGUCAAGCUCAAGAGAACUGUGACGGACGACCGCUCUGCCCCUCUACUGCCCCCUGCUGCCAACCACCAGUGAUGCUGGAGCUCCCCGGAGCACACAAAACACACACAUUUUCACACCGUUGCUGGAACUUUUCUUUUGUUACAUGCUGGCAAGGAUCCUGCUUCUCAUGUUCCGUUCUCAUUUGUUGUGAAUGUAUCUUAGUUCUUUAGUCACAUGACCCGACAGGACGGGGUCCCGGACACAGUGUGGACCAUCGGCGUGUUAAUUUGUCAACAAUUGUUUUUUUUCCCUCAACAGAUUUUCCCACUGUACUGUGCGUAGCAGUUAUUUUUUAGGAAGUGACGCAGCGCGGGGGCCGGACCUGUGAGUGUCAUAGCAGGCUAUGAGGAGCAGCCGCCCUGCCGCCGCUGUCCAAAUACAAACUCUGAUCGUGAAGGUUUCUGCUGUACAAAAGACUUUCCAGGAACAUCACGGUCAAUGAUGAGCCCUCAAGACUAGAGACUUUUAUUUUGAAAUAUUUUCAGGUCGUUGUGUGCUGUCAAUCAUCUCUGCUGUUUUCAGUAAAUCAGUCUUCUCGACCUGGUCUCCGGUCUGUUCGCUCACAGCAGGGUUCCCAAAAACAUCUCAGAAACAGAGGUGCACGUGCCACCGGGUGCUUCUGGACCAGAAUGUGGAGUGUUUAAAUCGAAUCCACGUCAGAGCUGCUGAGUCACACUGACCCGGAUGACUGUCAUCAUGACUCAGGGGUUUGUGCUGAGCUGCAGUUCUUCUCUCCGUCACUAGAGGGGUUUUAUUUUAUUGACUUUCUCUAAAGUGACUCGACUCUGAUCAGUCAAGGUGGCCGUUUUGUAAAUCUAAACGAAAUGCAACUUGUAAAUGAGAACAUUUCAGAUUGUGUUUUGUUGUAAUGCUACUAUGAGUAUGUGGAAUUGGAUCACUGGAGAAAAACAUACAAUAAGGCCCCUUUAGUCUGAAUGUUGUCGUCCCUGUUAUUGUCGCUAGAUGGCGCCAAUAUACCAGAAAAGUGACAAGAACACGUGGACCUGCUCGGGUGGAGUCGGUGAGAGCGCGUCGGUAGUGAGGAUGCGGAUUCUCGGGUCUCCUCAUGAGUGAAGGUUUAAAACCUCACAGUGAAGAUGUGUCAGAGGCAGUGACUCGCCGUUUAAUGCGGAGUUUGUGGACCUACUGUGGUCGUUCUCACCUACAGUUGACUCUGAAUGGACUCUCGAGUGCGUCACACGCAUGGUGCUUCUGUGUGGGGGAGCGUGGCCGCUUACAUGUCAUCCCGCGCCUGAGGUCGUGUUUGUGAUGAUCCCAUAGAUGUAACG